CUUCUGCUUUAAAACUUCAUUCCAAUUUCCAGAUGAUCGAUUAUCUUCCAAAUAUUUAGAUUUUUUUUUUAGUUUAUCUGCAAACACGCCUCCAAAUAUUUAGAUUGUAAAAUGGGAAUAAGUUCAAGAGCCCCAACAAGUACUUUUUGUUGGUCUGCCUUGUUUAUGUUCUUUUAUUUUUUCCUAUUCUGUUCUGCAGCAAACAACAUCACACAGGGCCAAUCGAUUAGAGAUGGCGAAACCAUUAUCUCUGCAGGCCAAAAGUUUGUUCUUGGGUUUUUCAGUCCGGAAAAUUCAACAUACAGAUAUGUCGGGAUAUGGUUCGACCAGAUUCCGAUGCAAUCAGUCGUUUGGGUCGCAAAUAGAGAGAACCCCAUAUCAGGUGAAGCUGGAGUAAUGAAACUCGAAGACAACGGGAAUCUGGUGGUUUUAGAUGGGAAUGGAAAUUCAGUGUGGUCUAGUAAUACCUCAUCUGUAUCAAAUAGAACUACCGCGAUUUUAGGGGACACUGGCAAUCUAAUUCUCUCAAGCAGUGAUCUUAUAGGUGAUCCAAAUAAGGCCUUUUGGCAGAGCUUUAAUGAUCCGACCGAUUCGUAUCUACCUGACAUGAGAGUCCACAUGAAUGUUGAGUCAGGAGAGAACCGCGUUUUCACUUCUUGGAAAACUGCUAGUGAUCCCUCUCUUGGACAAUACUCGAUGGGAGUCGACCCACGUGGAUCACCACAGAUUGUGAUAUGGAAUGGUUUAAACCGGCGUUGGAGAAGUGGGCAUUGGAAUGGACUGAUUUUCACCGGUGUUCCGACCAUGAAGGCUAUCUAUUUGUUUGGUUUUAAGCUUUUUAACGAAGGAAACGGUAACUUGUACUUUACGUAUACGAAAGCAAACAGUUCUGAUCUAGUUUGGUUUCGGAUAAGGUGGGAUGGAAACGAGGAGCAGCUGUGGUGGAACCAAGAGAGGAAUGAAUGGAGCACUGUUCAGUUGCAGCCUGCUAAUGAUUGUGAGGCGUAUAACAAGUGUGGAAGUUUUGGAAAUUGUUUUGCGACGGAAUCUCCUAUGUGCAGUUGUAUGGAAGGGUUUGUGCCGAAGGAUGCGAACCAGUGGGGUAGAGGAAAUUGGACAGGCGGGUGUGUUAGAAGGACCGAUUUACAGUGUGGAACGAAUAGCACUGCGACUGGAGAAGUAGACGGGUUUUUGAAGAUUGAGGGAGUGAAGUUGCCGGAUUUUGCAGACUCGAUGGAGGCAGCGAAUGGGAACGAUUGUGAAGAGGAGUGUUUGAAGAAUUGUUCGUGCAAUGCAUACGCGUUUGUGAGUGGGAUCGGUUGCAUGACAUGGAGUGGAGAAUUGACGGAUAUUCAGCAUUUUGUCGAAGGGGGGAGUGAUCUGUACAUCCGCCUUGCUAAUUCUGAAUUAGGUAACAAAAGCAAAAUUUCCAAGCUCGUGAUAAUCGUGAUUGUAGUACUGGGAACAUUCUUCCUCUGUGUAUCUCUUUGGCUAAUUUGGAGGUUCAGAACAAAAGUGAAAGUUACAGCAGUCUCAACUUCACGGUGGAAGAACCAUCAAUCGCAAACGAAUGACGCAAGAAGUAGCGAAUUUUCAACAGAUUUCUCAGGACCAGACGAACUUGGUGUUGACAGGCAUCAGUGUCAUGCACCAGAAUUUUCAGUGGUUAGCUUUAGAGAUAUAGCUGCUGCAACGGACAACUUCUCCGAUGAAAAUAAGCUUGGAAAGGGAGGGUUCGGCAUUGUCUAUAAGGGAAAACUUUCAGGUGGAGAAGAAAUAGCUGUAAAGAGGCUUUCGAAACAGUCAGGACAAGGUUUGGAGGAGUUCAAAAACGAGAUUAUAUUAAUCGCAAAAUUGCAGCACAGAAAUCUUGUUAGACUUCUGGGCUGUUGCACAGAAGGUGAUGAAAGAAUGCUCAUUUACGAAUACAUGCCAAACAAAAGCUUGGACUCAUUUCUUUUUGAUCCGACUAAGCAAGAAAAAAUAGACUGGAGAAAACGCUUCACAAUCAUUGAAGGGAUUGCACGGGGACUUCUGUAUCUUCACCGAGAUUCAAGACUCAGGAUAAUCCAUAGAGAUCUAAAAGCUAGCAACAUUUUGUUGGAUGAAGAGAUGAACCCCAAAAUUUCCGACUUUGGCAUGGCCAAAAUUUUCGGAAGAAACGAAAGUGAAGCAAGCACAAGCCGAGUUGUUGGGACAUAUGGCUAUAUGGCUCCCGAGUAUGCAAUGGAAGGUUUAUUCUCAUUGAAGUCCGACGUCUACAGCUUUGGAGUAUUGCUACUAGAGAUCAUAAGUGGUCGAAGAAACAGAAGUUUACGCUCCCCAGAAUACUCAAACAUUAUCGGUUAUGCGUGGGAUUUAUGGGAUUCUGGGAAAGCAAUGGAGUUGAUUGAUCCUUCUGUCGCGGGUUCGUGUCACCCAAACGAAGCGUUGAGAUGCAUACAUGUGGCGAUGCUAUGCGUGCAAGACUCAGCAGGUGAUAGACCGACCAUGUCGUCGGUAGUGCUGAUGUUGGAGAGUGAAAAUGCUACACUGCCAAUUCCUAGACAGCCCACUUUCACAUCAAUGAGGAGCUCUCGUGGCGUAGACGUGUUGAAGGAAAGCCAAGAUGUUGCAUCCUCAAACGAUGUGACAAUUAGCCUCAUCAUUGGUAGAUAACCAAACUAUUUUCCUCUGUUUUUCUCCAUCUUAUCGAGAGGGAUGCUAGGGAGUUUUUGUCGAUCAAAUUUGAUGAAUCUUUACUUCAGAGCUGCACAAGCUUUGGCCAGAAAUUUUUUGUUAACUAUUUUUUGUGUG